GCCACUGGAGGACUGAACCUAGUCAUCCCCGUUUGCCGACGCAACAGGGCAAACCUCUACAUGAGUAGAUUGGGGAUGGGAGGAUAGAGCGGAGACCGGUGCUAGUCUCGUAGAUCUCUUCCAUGGCCUGCAGCCGCAAGCUUCUUGGCGCCUCCUCCCUCUUCUUCACGGUGUCCGUCCUCGCCAUCGCUAGCCACGCUGAACGCCCAAAUCCCGUCAGAAUCGCCGUGUACUGGGGCCAGAACGGCAACGAGGGCAGCCUCAACGAAACAUGUAGCACCGGCCUCUACGCGUACGUGAACCUCGCCUUCCUCAACGUGUUCGGCGGCGACAGGGCCCCGGUACUCAACCUGGCCGGCCACUGCGAUCCUGCCUCGGGGGGCUGCGCCGCUUUAGCCACCGACAUCGCCUACUGCCAGUCCAAAGGCGUGAAGGUGCUCCUCAGCAUCGGCGGUGGAACAGGAAACUACGGCCUCUCCUCUGCUUCCGAUGCGCGGAACGUGUCCAUCUAUCUCUGGGACAACUUCCUUGGCGGGGGCUCCGGAGGUUCCUCGUCCAGACCGCUCGGCGGCGCCCAGUUGGACGGCAUCGACUUUGACAUCGACACUGGCAGGGACGACUACUAUGACGACCUCGCCAAAAACCUGUUUAUGCAGUACAACUCGACCGUUUUUCAAGAAUCGGGAGGUUCUGCUGACCAGGUCGGGGUAACCGCAGGCGGAGGAUUCUCUAAAAGUAACGCCACGGGAGAGAAGAAGAAGUACAUGCUCACCGCGGCGCCACAGUGCCCGUACCCAGACGCUUCCCUCGGCCGGGCGCUCAAGACGGGGCUCUUCGACCACGUGUGGGUGCAGUUCUACAACAACCCCGCGUGCCAGUACACGGCCGGAGACCCGAGCGCGCUGCAGAGCGCGUGGCAGCAGUGGACGGCAGCUCUGCCGUCAGCGUCAGUAUUCCUUGGCCUGCCGGCAUCGCCCGAUGCCGCGCCCAGCGGGUACAUAGACGCGGACACGCUCGCGUCGCGGGUGCUGCCGGUAGUCAGACGCGCGGGCAAUUACGGCGGAGUCAUGCUCUGGAGCCGCUUCCAGGACGUGCAAACCGGAUACAGUGCCAAGUUGCAGAGCGUGGCGAACAAGAGCACGGCGGACGGGCCAAUAGGAUCACCACCAGUUGCACGGAGUGUUGCCGCCUCGUCUGAUACGAGGAUCCGAACAUAUGUAAUAGCUGGGUCCUCAAGCCUGGUUGGCGUGUGCUUAUUUCUCCUCACGUUCUUUUAUUGGUAUAAGAAAUACUAUGGUAUUUUUCCCUGCCAAGGGGGAUCAAAGAACACACCUAGGAUUGAAUCCUUCCUACAAAAGCAAGCAACUUCACAUCCCAAAAGGUACAGUUACCCAGAAGUGAGAAGAAUGACCAACUCUUUUGCUCAGAAGCUUGGCCAAGGUGGCUUUGGAGCUGUCUACAGAGGCAAACUCCCUGAUGGCCGUGAGAUAGCAGUGAAGAUGCUAAAAGAUACCAAAGGUGAUGGGGAGGAAUUCAUGAAUGAGGUGGCUAGCAUAAGCAGAUGCUCUCAUGUCAACGUUGUUACCCUCUUAGGGUUCUGCUUGCAAGGUAAAAAAAAGGCUCUCAUAUACGAGUACAUGAUCAAUGGCUCACUUGAGAGGUACACUUUUGGCAACAACUCUAUUCAAGAUCCAAAUGCCCUCAACUGGGAGAGGCUCUUUGACAUUGUUCUCGGCAUCGCUCGAGGCCUUGAGUACCUUCAUCGAGGGUGCAACACUCCCAUCAUACAUUUUGAUAUUAAGCCUCAAAACAUUUUACUAGAUGGAAGCUUCUGUCCAAAGAUAUCCGAUUUUGGGUUAGCUAAAUUGUGCCACCAAAAGGAAAGUAGAAUCUCUAUUGGUGGGGCAAGAGGAACGGUAGGGUACAUAGCACCAGAGGUAUUGUUCUCAAGGCAGUACGGAGCUGUGAGCAGCAAGUCUGAUGUGUACGGUUAUGGAAUGGUGGUUCUUGAGAUGGUUGGAGCAAGGAACCAAAUCAAUGUUAGUACAGAGAGUAGCACCAAAUAUUUUCCUCAGUGGAUAUAUGACAACUUUGAUGAGUUCUGUUGCACCACACAUGAGAUUGUUAGUAGCGAGACUACAGAGCUGUUAAGAAAGAUGACUAUAGUUGGGUUAUGGUGCAUUCAGCUAACACCCACUUAUCGACCAUCGAUGAGCAAAGUUGUUGACAUGUUGGAAAGCGACGGCAAAGACUUGCAACUACCUCCAAAAGCAUCUUAGUGUAAACAAGAAUAUGCAUCUUAAUGCAAAGUCCUUGGCUCUAAGAAUGUUACUUUUAUAGUUUGUACAUUGAUUCAUGUGGCAUGCCAAAAAAUAUAUUUACACA